AUGCAAGCAAUCUCUACAUCUGGAAGAGGUCGAGGUAGGGGACGAGGACGUACCCGAGCAACCGCGGAAACCCCUGCGGACAUCAUUGCCCAGGAGGUGACAAAAGCGUUGCAAGUUGCCUUGCCCAUGGUACUAGCUCAGGUGCGAGAGGCAGAGUUGAGGAAUCAAGAAGAUAGGGAGAUAAGCAAUAGAAGGGAGAAUAUUAACGAUUCAAACAAUAGGGAAGACCAACAUAUGAGGCCAAGACCAGGGAGCCCUAUCAGCAUGGGUUCGGGACAAAAAGGUUGUACUUAUAAGACCUUUUUGGCUUGUAAGCCCCAAACCUUUCAAGGCGACUGUGAUCCAGUGGCAGCUAUGAGGUGGAUAAGAGAGACAKAAGCAAUAUUCAAAAUCAGUAAAUGCGCGGGAGAAGAUAAGGUGACAUAUGCAUCAUCCAUGCUCAAAUCAGAAGCCCUUUUUUGGUGGGAAUUAGUUACUAACUUAAAGGGCGAAGAAGCUAUGGCAAGAAUGACAUGGGAAGAGUUUAAGGUACUAUUUAACRACAAAUUUUGUCMACRCACUGCAAUAAAGCAACUGGAAGAGGAAUUUUUGAGAUUGGAGCAAGGAUCAAUGACAGUAAGGGAGUAUACAACAAGUUUUACAGAGAAGGCGAGAUUCGCAGAACACUGGGUUUCAACAGAGGAGAGGCGAGCAGAGCGUUACAUCUAUGGACUAAAGGCAUCCAUUCGAGAAUUUGUUCUCACUAUGAACCCAACCACAUUCCAUGUUGCAGUAAACGCAACGGAGAUUAGAGAAAAAGAAAGAAAUCAUCAAAAGGCUGAACGGGAUCAUAUAAAAAGAAAAUGGGAAGGUCCGAGCAACGAAACCAAAAAGGAAAAGUUUUUGGGUUCAGAAAGGAAGAUGUGGCAAGGGCAUGCUACAAACCCAUGUCCUAAAUGCAAACGCAUACACAACGAAGAAUGCAUGAUCAAGCCAAGGGUGUGUUACCGAUGUGGGAAACCAGGACACUUUUCUCAGGAUUGCAAAGUUGAGAGGAGAGAGCGACUAUGUUUUACUUGUAAGUCAUCCAACCAUAUCCAAGCAAAUUGCCCUCAACAGAAAAAUGAGUAUGCCAUUGGUCAAAGUGAAAGUCGAAAUGGUAAACGGGAGGAAAAGAGAACGAAUUUAUCAUAA